AUGGAGGAAAUUGGUCUGUCACCAGCCCCUCAGGAGCAGGUUAGUAGCAGUUUUAUUCGUCACUUAGUCCUCCGUUAGGUGGAUGGAGAACUCGCAGAAGUCGGUCCUGUUGCAGCGGUUCCGGGCGACCCCUUCCGCAUAAACGAUGAUGACUUGUAUCUGAAGCUGAAGGUAUGCAUGCUGCCUCGUUGUCCUUUUAAUCAUUUUCCCUUUUAGUCCCUUAAAAAGCAGUUGGAGUUUAUUGAAGUACAAGAGGAAUACAUCAAGGACGAACAGAAGAACCUUAAAAAAGAGUACCUCCAUGCACAGGAGGAGGUGAAGCGUAUCAAAAGCGUUCCCCUUGUCAUUGGUCAGUUUUUGGAGGCCGUUGACCAAGGCACGGGCAUUGUCGGCUCAACCACCGGAUCUAAUUACUAUGUCAGAAUUCUGUCCACCAUUGACAGGGAGCUUUUAAAGCCCAGCGCGAGCGUUGCUCUGCACAAACAUAGCAAUGCCCUAGUAGAUGUUCUUCCACCCGAAGCUGACAGCAGUAUAACUAUGCUUCAAGCCGGUACGCAUAACUGGUGUUUUUUUUAUUACUUCAAUGCUUAAACGCUGUCGAUGUCAGACAAUUUUAUUCAAUGUGCUCUGCAGAAGUUUGCUUCGGUAAUUUCCUUCCACAACCGGGAGUUUAACUGGGACCUCAAAUCAUCCGGGGCGUUGAUCUGGCUCUACGUGUUGAUAAGCUCUCUUUAAGUUACAAACUCUUUCUAAACCGAGAUUCUGUUCCAGAGCAGAGACAAAGUUGUCAGUCAGUUUCACGUCACCUUGUUUGUGCGUGUCCGACUCUCAAUCAAUCAAUCACCGCUCACCCAAAUCUCUUCAGGCAGAAGGGCACAUAAAGUAGGUCAUACAACUAACAGUCUGGGCUGUACUACUUCGGAGAUAGAACACUCGGCUUGGAUUUGAGCCGUUAAUGGUUCCGUUUUCUGGUUGUGUGCAUUCCUUAUUCUUUCAUAGUCUGUUUUGAGUGCAUUAUCGAUGUUUACUUCAUUUCUUUUACUCUCUGGGCGACAGUCAACGGGUAACAUUUUCAGUUGUUCAUGACCUUGAUACUUUUCCCUGCCUAACUAGCUGGCUCUGAAAUUUAAACUGUACCCGAGACCUGUCUCACCACAAACCAACUGGGUUUUCUCGCAGAUGAGCCGUUCGAUUUGCGACGUAAAGUAAAUAGUAGCCGCUAACCUAUGGCUCAUGAAGUGAUUACUAUUCCCAGUCUGUCUGUAAAGGGGAAUCUCUUCUGUCCUCCAAGAAAAAUAACGAUUGAAUUGCUUGGUAGGGUACGGGAAUGUCAACCCCCUGUAUCAUAGGUGGCCUUGCGCUAAAUUGUAAGGGAGUAAGGGUUAGAAUUAAGUACCCCCUAGAAUUCGGCGCAAGAUCACUUGUAGUACACGGGGUCCAUAUUCCCGCGUUCGACCAAAUCGUUUUCUUCAACUUUAUGAAAACCCCUCAUCUAUUCUACAAACAGCGCCUCCAAUUGUCCUUAUUCCUGACCUACUCCCCCCAUGUGAAUACUUUAAAUCAUAGAUGAGAAGCCAGACGUUUCCUAUGCCGAUAUUGGGGGUAUGGACAUCCAGAAACAGGAGGUACGAGAGGCAGUUGAACUUCCCCUCACACACUUCGAAUUAUACAAACAAAUCGGCAUUGAUCCUCCUCGCGGCGUCCUAAUGUUUGGUCCACCCGGGUGCGGCAAAACAAUGCUUGCGAAAGCAGUGGCCCACCACACAACCGCCGCCUUCAUUCGUGUGGUUGGGUCAGAGUUUGUGCAGAAGUACCUUGGCGAGGGUCCCAGGAUGGUCCGCGACGUCUUCCGCCUUGCCAAAGAAAAUGCCCCUGCUAUCAUUUUCAUCGACGAAAUUGAUGCCAUCGCCACCAAGAGGUUCGAUGCACAGACCGGAGGUAGGUCCUUACUUCAUCUUUGGUAUAAAUUACCGGAUUGCAUGUGAACUGUCUUCCAAAAGCAGAUACAGCGUCACGAAGUCCUCGGUUAAACUUUGCUUCAUUGCGACCUACUUAAGUGGACCUAGUAACUAGUUAUUAUUCAGAUGACUUGACCACCUACUCCAUCGACUUGCAUUGCUAGUCCACCUUAUAAUAGGUGCAUGUCUUCUCCCAGCCGUUCCUAAUUGGACACCGGAGGAGAGAAUUUCAUCAACGUCUAUUUCCUCAUUUUUCCUCCAACAUUUGACCGUCCUAAUUAAACCCCUGUAAAUCUUACUUUAGAACUGCGGCCUAUGUCAGCUAUUGCUCAGUUGUUUCAGGCCACAUAAAAAUAUUUAGGGUGCGGGGAUCCAAGGAUAAACCCGUAGUAAUUUAGGCCUAACUCAUAAACCUGAUAUUGCGCAAUUAUCAAUGAUACCCGGUUCAUUUUUUGCGCAAAAACAGCCCAAGCAGUGUCCAUUUUGCACGAGAAUGCCAGAACUCGAUAACUCGUGGCCAAAAAGUUGAUCUAUGCUUUUUGGUAGGAAUAUAUAGCAGUUGCUUAGGCACUUCCAAGAGCUCAAAGGUAGGUCUCGGGACAAGAAAUGUGCCUUGAUCUCUGAAACCCCUUCUCACAAUCUUUGCUACACUACCACCUUUAAUAAUAAUAAUAAUAAUCAUCAUCAUCAUAAUCUAUCUCGGAAGUUGCCAUCCACUUGCAAAUUAUAAGCAGCGCAAAUUGUACAAAAUAUUGUUUCUUGUCUUACUAAAUCUUCUGCACGAUUGGGAGGCAUAUUUUAGGUCCUUCUGUGAAAUCCCGAUUUUUUGGAAACUGACCGUCCUGCAGCAAAUGAGGCCAUGAACUUGUUAGUUCCUUUCGUAUUGAUUUUUUAGCUGUUAAUGUAUAACAUCGGUCCGGUCUAAAUGUCAUCUCCAAAUACGCAUGAGGUUCCAGGGAAGUUUGUGCUCAAACCCUAAGACACACCCUUGCCUUUUCAGCCGAUCGUGAAGUUCAGCGUAUUCUCCUGGAGUUGCUGAAUCAAAUGGACGGCUUUGACCAAACUGUCAAUGUCAAGGUCAGCUUCCUUUCCCCUUCAUGCCUGACGACCCGUCAUGCUUUUCUUGCUUGGUGCGUCUACAAAUACGGCACUUUCUCACGCUUACUACCGACUAGGGGACUCUUUAAUCUUAGCGUAGCAUUCCACUGGAUACUUAGCCCAACAACUGUGCUUGUCUGCCUGCGCCACUAGAAUUGCCCUCCUCGUGCUCGUCACGUGACCUUUGUGGAUCUUGCCUUGUGGGCAGGAUUGGGGACAUCAUGAUGACGUAGCACAAUAAAAACUCACCCUAGUGUAUGUCUGCCAUCUCGCAAAUUUUUUUAACGUCAUGCCCAAAAGCACCCCUUGAUUAUGAUCGCCGUCCGCCGCCCGUUAAUUGUCACUUUCAUCUAAGCCUUUAGCAAACCUGACUUCCAGGUCCCACAUAAAUUCCCGAUGCGGAUUCUUAGAAUUAAAAAAUUCAGCAUUGCGUUGACUUGUCCCGAUAUUCCACAAUUGCUGACUUUCAUGACACCUUCGACUAGGAGGGUUUUUACCCUGUACUCAUCAUCCAGUUGCCUUCACAGUUGCGCCUGACCAAUGAAAGCCAGACAAUGACCGAAAAUUUCGGUUGGAUGAAUCCACCUGUUGUCUCCUAGUGUCCUAACCAAUUCCGAUGCCGGCCAGCUUACAUCUCUCCACUGCUGACAGAGUCAAGAACCCCGGAGGCGGUAUCAGGCGCAAUGGCUCACAAGGAUAUACAGCCCGUCUACGCGUGCAACACACGAGCUGGUUUGCGCGCGAUGGGCGAUGGUUUUUGCGCAGACAACAUCGGGGGGAGGGCGGUGGCUCAGAUCUCAACUGAGUGAGAGUGCUGUUGACGCAACACUAAGGGGGAAUAGGUUAUCGCGUAGGUUGGCGGUCUUUCUGGCCACGGCUUUUAACGCUCCGUGAUAAUUUGAAAGUGCGUCAGAUUAUUUAUAGUGAGGAGUAUACUCUGAGAGCGUGAGGAAGCAGUCCACAGAGUCGACUCCAUUCCUCCUUCCAUUCUCCUCGGCAUCAGUCCACCGUUAGAGCGAUUUGGUUGUCUCAUGUGGGGAUUGGGCAAGCUAAACAGCUUGUUUGCAGGACUUGUCCACCACGUAUCACAUCAGGUUUUUACACAACAGGAAAUGACAUCAAAGAGCAUAAUCGGUGUGUUAUUGGCCGUCAGGUUGUACUCGCUCCGAGUUGAUGUACUUGUAAUUGUCUCAGCUACUAAGGGGCAGUUAAUUUGCGCCUUUUGACCUCGGCGUUUCCUGAAAAAGUCUGCGUUACAUUGACGUUCUCCAGCACUGGAUCGUGACGUGCCUCCUUAUCACUGUGAUCUGGCCCUUAAUAACGAUCGGUUUGGACUGAACGCAUAACCCCUCAUUGUCCGGUUUAUACAUUGUCCACUCCUGCAUGCUAAACGGUUGACCCACGAGGCCGAAGAACGGGGCGAAAUCACUUAGAGGGGGAUUGGCGGCUGUACCGAUUGCCUGGCUGAAAGCAGUGUUUUUUCUCCUCUUACCGUACCAAGCACCCAAAUCUCCUCCUCGGAUUUAAAACUAUGUUUAUUUCGUUGUGCAUACCGAUUACUGCCUGCAAAUCCCACCAAGAUAACUCGAUUAUCUUUCAAAUGCCGGUGAUAUGACCUGUGACGUCCGGAUCGGCUGUGGGAGGUUGGCCAACCUUGUCAUGGUAAGCGUCUGCAGGAGCUUCGUGUCGGGCUAACCGCUGCGUCCGAAUUAAUUUCCGUUUCAACACGAGGAGGUUAUGAGCUAGAGGUGAGGUGAGUGCCUAGAAAUUCACCAGGACUUCCCGGAGGUAGUGGUGUUCAUCCCCGAGUUCGACGGACGGACGACCACCAACAAGACCAGCGUGCCUCUAAAUUCCUCUAUCUGCAUUCGACUUCUUGCCUAUCAAAGACUUCCCCGACUCAGGGACAUUCACCAUCAACUGAUUCCUCGCUUGCUCGCCCGUGACUGGACAUAGCUGAUUAAGAGGGCGUUUAUUUAUGCUGAGGCAGGGUUUCGGUCCUGGCAUGUGGAGACCCCUUUCUUCCACUUACUGCUUUUGCCUGAUCAGGAAUGCGCGAAUUUAGCAUCGUUAGUUCGCGCAUCUCCCCUUUCCCCACCUAUUGUUGCAUUGCAAGCUCGUGUGGAUCAGUUUAAUGCACCUUUUAGGUUGAUGUGUCUCUAUCUUGUCACAGCUUUGUUGGCUUUUUGGGAUAAACAUUCGCCAGGCUUAAUGUUUCUCUUUAUGGUCCACAAAAAGAGACGAAAAUUCGUUGCUUUCUUAGGAGGCAAUAUCCGUUUAGACUUUUGUUUCCUCAGUAAAAUAAGUCCGACUACCCAAGUCAAUUUUUUAUUAAAAUCUGUCGUACAGGCUAGGCCAGUCUCUAUUUCUCAGCUGCGCGGUAUCAUCUCUGUUAACGGCGAUGCUGAUUCAUUCAUCCAGCUUCUAAACCUUCAUGAUUAACGCCUUUUUAUUGGCCUAUAUGAAAACGGACCUCAGGAAACGUCAAGAGAUCUCCCAUUUCUGUCUGCGCCUAAACAACCAGCCCAACGGAGUAUAGAAUGUUCAAGAUUUGUGCCGAACUCACCUGCUCCGUUAGGAACCGACGGAAAGCAUAUAAGGCCCUAACUACCAGCUACCUCUUAUCAUCUUAGGUCCAAAAUAUUUACAUUGAUUACCGCAUUGCGGACACGGUUUCCUUGAGUUUAUGAAACCUUUUAAAUCCACCUCUUUGGUCGUACGUGCAACUUUAUUGGCUUGCACUCACACAAGCUAUCGGUAUCAUCCGUUAUCCUGACUCUCGUGGCCUACAUGGGCUUCGCGCUGGCUGCCUUAGAUUUAAAGCGUCGUAAAGAAAAUUUUUUUCGCCUACCUCCACUUUAUCUCUGUUUUGGUAGGCCGUCUGCCAUUGACCUCAUUCCCUGCUGUCUUCGCGAGCUACUGUCCUCUACAACCAUCCCUGUUUAUUAUUAAUUGCUCACCUUUUGCUGGUUCGUUAGGUCAUCAUGGCAACCAAUCGAGCAGAUACUCUGGAUCCAGCUCUCCUCCGUCCCGGUCGCUUGGAUCGAAAAAUCGAAUUUCCCCUUCCGGACCGUCGGCAGAAGAGACUCAUCUUCUCUACCAUUACCAGUAAAAUGAACCUCAGUGAGGAGGUGGACCUUGAGGAUUACGUCGCUCGUCCCGACAAAAUAUCCGGCGCCGAUAUAAACGCAAUCUGCCAAGAGGUGGGCUCAUUUCUGUUGAAUUAUUGACAAAUGCAAAUCCGCCAUAUUUCAACAAUUGAAUUACGAUACACAGUGGUCGAAACAAGUCGUCUGUUUUUGAUCAGUAGCAGCUCUGCUACGACUUGCGUUGCAGCCGAAAAUGUCAAUGUAUUGUGAAUGCUUAGAACAUCAGUGCCAAGUUUGCACACAUUUCUUUUGUUUUAAACCACAUAAUAAUUUGUCUAGGUGAAUACUGUCAAUUCGGUUUGCAUUUUACGCAGUCCCUCAAUGGUGCUACCUCCUGACAAGCGUUUAAUUGUCUUAUCUUUCGACUUUCAGGCUGGCAUGCAGGCUGUCCGCGAAAACCGGUAUGUGGUACUGUCCAAGGACUUUGAGAAGGGUUACAAAAAUAACAUCAAGAAGGGCGAUCAGGAGCUUGAUUUCUACAAAUAA